CUGGAUGGAGGCGCUACUGCGCAGCAACGAUUAGUCUUGGGGGGGGGGGAUUCUUGUGACUUUAAUAUAUAAUGCAUUUCAUAAAUGCAUGAGUUGACUUUAAUUUUCAUGCCUUUUCCUAGGCCUGUAAUAUUCUUUUAGUUUUUAAUUUUGUAUGACAAGCUGCGUUUCUACACAAAGUUGGAUAUAGAAUAUUAUAAAAACAUCUCUUUAGAGGAAUUUCCCCCCCCACACUGAAUCAUCUGGACAAGCUGGAGUGAAUGGGCUGUGUGAGCUCAGCAGCAUCAGAUUGGGGGUUUAGUUGUACAGAGCUCUCAGUGCCAACGCCUUUCCCCCCACUCUCAGCGCUUCUUUCUCUGCCGGGGAAACUUUGGCUCAUACCGACUUGGGAGGUGUUCCCCUUCAUCCUAUAAGCUGCUAAAAACCACUAUCCGACACUAAGAAGAAGUUGUUUGAGAGCGAAAAUGGGCUGUACGAUCAGCGCUGAGGACAAAGCUGCGGUGGAGAGGAGUAAAAUGAUUGAUAAAAACCUGAGAGAAGACAGAGAAAAGUCCUCCAGAGAGGUGAAACUGCUUCUACUCGGUGCAGGGGAAUCUGGGAAAAGCACAAUAGUAAAGCAGAUGAAGAUCAUUCAUGAAGAUGGCUACUCAGAAGAGGAGUGCAAACAAUACAAAGUCGUUGUGUACAGCAACACCAUCCAGUCCAUCAUGGCCAUUAUCAGGGCCAUGGGCCAGCUCGAGAUAGAUUUUGGGGAUGCUGCACGGGCAGGUGAUGCCCGCCAGCUGUUUACCCUGGCCUGCACAGCAGAAGAAGGGGUGAUGUCUGCAGAGCUGACCGGUGUGAUUCGAAGGUUGUGGAAUGACAGUGGAGUUCAGGCCUGCUUCGAUCGCUCACGAGAGUAUCAGCUUAACGACUCUGCCGCAUACUAUUUGAACGACUUGGACAGGAUCUGCAAGCUGAACUACGUCCCGACGCAGCAGGACGUGUUGCGCACACGUGUGAAGACCACUGGGAUUGUGGAAACUCACUUCACCUUCAAAGAUCUCUAUUUCAAGAUGUUUGAUGUUGGAGGUCAGCGCUCAGAGAGAAAGAAGUGGAUCCAUUGUUUUGAGGGCGUCACAUCAAUCAUUUUCUGUGUAGCGCUCAGUGACUAUGACCUCGUCUUGGCUGAGGAUGAGGAGAUGAAUCGAAUGCAUGAGAGCAUGAAGCUUUUUGACUCCAUCUGCAACAAUAAGUGGUUCACACUCACCUCCAUCAUCCUCUUCCUCAACAAGAAAGACUUGUUUGAAGAGAAGAUCAGCAGGAGUCCGCUCACUAUCUGCUACCCGGAGUAUGCUGGUGGAAACUCGUACGAAGAAACAGCAGCUUAUAUUCAGUGUCAGUUUGAAGACUUAAAUAAACGAAAGGACACCAAGGAGAUCUACACCCACCUCACUUGUGCCACAGAUACCAAGAAUGUGCAGUUUGUGUUUGACGCUGUCACCGAUGUCAUUAUCAAGAUCAACCUGAGGGAGAUUGGUCUCUACUGAAAUUUUAGCCACCUUCCAGGUUAUUUUAAGAAUCAGGACUUUUGGGAUGUCUUUUCUGUGGAAGGUGAAUUGGAAAGCAGGCAUCACAAAGGACUAAGCUUGUGAUUAUGGUGCAUGCAGGACCUAAAUUGCACUAAAUUUGGGGACUCUGAACUGUGAUUACUUUGUCUCGUUAGAUUUAAGACGUGGACCACACGGGGAGAAAUUAUGUUUGAGGGGAGGGGACUGGUAAAAUGAAUACCAUGACUGUUACAUUAAAAUCUAUGCACCACGUGGAAAGUGAAACCUCUCCAGUUGACUCUAAUGUAUUUAUAGUUUGUCUUUAAUCUGCACAAGGACCAAAACAAACCUGUCUAUAAGAUCUAUCACUGCAUCUCACCGUAGUUUCACAGCUAAAAUGUUUAUUCUGUUCACCAUGCUCUUGUGGUUUGUCUUCUCGGUGGUAAAUGCUUUUAAUGACUGUUUGAAUUUAUUAUAUUUUAUUUUACGUUUAGUUGCAGUUAAGUUUCUACUUUUUUUUUUUUGGAUGUAUGAAUUCAUUAACUUAAGUAUUUUACAGAUAUUUUGUGUGAGCAGUUUAAUGUACAGUAACUGUGUGGGUGUGGGGUCAAUUAGCUAGUCUCAUGAUGUCUACAUAGUUGUUUUGAUUUGAAAUAGCACAAACUGUAUUUAACAGUCUGAUUAUCUUCAGGACACAUCUCUGAAUCAGUCUGUUUGUGAAUCAGUGUGUUUAUUGUGUUUUUUGUUUGGUGGUUGGUUUUUAUCAUACUUUAAAUAUGUUUAAUAUUAUUCAACCAGUGCAAGUUAAAAAAAAAGAGUUUGUAAAGUGGAAAUCUCUGAAUUUUGGUAAAGACACAUCAGUACUUAAAAAUAUAAAUAGACCUGCAGUUUUAUAAAGUCGGACGAAGGAAGGGUGCUGCUGCUAUAUUCUGUUUAAGGUUGAAGUCUAAAGAAACAAGACAUAUUAGCAAUUUAACUAUUUUUUUAAACAAUAUCCUAAUUAUCAGUGUCUGGAGUACCAGAAGCUCAUAACAAGAGUCAGUAGCAGAAUAAGCUGAUUGCAAUGGGAGGGAAGUUUUUUAUGGGUGAAACUACAAACACAACUCUGCUCUCCUCCCACAAAUGCAUUUUCAUUACAAAUGUGACACCAUUUAAAAGGGAAACUAAAAAACGUUCCAGCUAUGUAAGUGUUUUUGUUAAGCAACAUUGUUACAUCAACGAAAUAAUCACCAAAUGCAAAUUUCUUGCUUUAUUUGCUCAUUUUAAAAUCACAUAAUGGUGGCACAAAGCUGACUGUGUCUUUCCUCAGAGGCAGCGUUACUCAGAUGUCACCCACCGUGAAGAACUAUUCAGGCAUAGUUUCUCCUAAACAGUACAGAUAAUAAGGUCAGCCACAUUGGUAUUUCCUAUUUUUAGAAAUCAGUGACACAUCUGUAUGACUAAACUGAGGGCUAAUGUGUUCCAGCUGCUGCACACACACCACACCUUGUAAAUAUUACAACCGAAAAAACAAAUUCAGACUGAUUUCAAUCCAUAAUUAUCCAUUUGUAAGUUAACACGAUUGCACAGAGGGACACUUUCUUCUCCCUUUAUACUAUCAUGUGUCUUUUUUGCUUUUAUGUAUUCUAAGUUUAUGCAAGUGGAUCAUAGCUGGUUUGUUCAUUUUGAUCUUUAAAAACACCAGGAAUUUGCAAGAAAAUGAUAUAAUUUGUGAUGUUCUUGCUUGCUGAAGGGCUUUUAAAACUUUUUAGAUGGAACGAGAUAGUCCACGGCACUGUGGAAUAAGCUAAAUAAGGUUAAGUUUGGUUUUGAGGAAUUAGCUGACAGGGAAUGAUAAAAUUUGUACUUUUAGGUUUCAUGGGCCACAUUUACAUGAGAUUUUCAAUUCACUUUUAAUUCAGAAUGAAAAUGAAAUCCUCUAAAAGAUUUAAAAUACCCUUAUAAACACAAUUUGGAAUUACACAAAGGAGAAUAUUUUAAAUCAGAAUUAAAAAACAUCGUGUAACCAUGGCUAUUGUUCAAUUUUUUAAAAGACUGUCAAGAAGGCUUCAGUAGUACCUUUAGUAGUAGUACCUUUGCAUACCUACAAAGAUCUGCUGCUUCUUUUUACCGUUAGAAACUCUGUAAAUAGGUGAAAAAGCACUGCAUCGAGAAUAAACCUGAUGUUAAAAAAACUAUGCUAAAGACACGUGACAUUUAGUGUGUACUUAUUGAAUUUUGUUCUGUUUUGCCCGACUGAAACGUACUAAAAGACUAAUACUGCUCAUUAAAACCUAGCAAUAAAGUUUCUUGCUAUCUUCAGAUACUGUUUUCAUUUAGUUUUGUUCUUAGUUGCCAGUAAGUCCCAUGACUCAGGCCCUUCACAAUCCUACUGUAAAUAUCCACUUUGCUGAUUAUUUACCAUUUUAAUUUGUUUUGCUCCCUCAAUAAUGAACUUCCAUACAUUGCCAUUUACUGAGGGAAGUUGUAUAACAGCAGCAUUGUCCUCAACAAGUGAGAGUCCGAGGCCGCAUUAACAGCCUUGUUUCCCUAAUCCGAUAUACCAUAUUCAGCAGAGGACAGUGAAAUUCUGCACAAAGACACAAACACACAAGUGAAGUUAAUGCAUCUUUAUUUCAUGCCUCUACAUUUCAUAAGAAAGAACAAAAAGUAGAUUUUUUGUUUCCUUUUCAUAAUAAAGCAUCAACCCGCUAGUGUUUCCCUCUCGUAUAUUUCCAUAUCAUUUAUCUGUCAAAAUAUAGUAACGUAUCUACUCUUAUGUACAAAGUUUCUCUACAAUGUUUGAUGUUGUGGAAAUUAUUCAUUACUUUAAAAUGUUAAGCGAGUUGAAUACAUUAAUACUAUUUAUAUUAGAUACAUGCACAAUUUUGGUUUGUAAUCUGGAUAUACUGCAAGCAUGGGAAUAUCUGAGA